CGUGUUUUUUCUGGUUGAAGAAGCAGCCAUCAUCAAUCGGAAUUGAUUAACAAUGGAGACGCCGGGCCACCGGAACUCCAAUCAUUGUACUCGACAAAAUUAGAGCAACCCACUAAAUCUACAACUCAGAUUGACAGAUUUUGAAGAAAACCCAAAUCCCUCGUUGACUAUUUCAGGAGUUCAUGUUUGGUGCCUACCAAUUUUUCCCAAAUCCCUAGCUGAAACCAUCUCAACUAUUGUUCUAUGCUAAACUAUCUUAUACUAUAGAGGACGAUGUCGAUCCUCUGCGGUUUACCUCUUAUUGAGUGUGUAUACUGCAUACCCUGCACUCGUUGGGCCUGGAAACGUUGUCUACACACGGCUGGCCACGACAGUGAAGAUUGGGGGAUUGCUACUGCUGAGGAAUUUGAGCCCGUACCUCGAUUAUGUCGGUACAUUCUUGCUGUUUACGAAGAUGAUCUUCGAAACCCUCUCUACGCGCCACCUGGCGGUUAUGGAAUGAACUCGGAUUGUCUAGUAACUAAGAGAACAUACAAACAUACACAAAAACAAGCGCCUCCUUAUAUAGUGUAUCUUGAUCAUGAUCAUGCUGAUAUAGUUCUUGCUUUUAGGGGGUUAAACAUGGCUAAGGAGAGUGAUUAUGCUGUUCUUUUGGAUAAUAAGUUGGGGAAAAAGAAAUUCGAUGGAGGUUAUGUGCAUAAUGGUUUAUUUAGGGCUGCUGUUUGGGUGUUGGAAAAAGAGGGGGAUUUGUUGAGAGAGCUUAUAGAAAAGUAUCCAGAUUAUACAUUGACUUUUGCUGGACAUUCCCUUGGGUCGGGUGUUGCAGCACUUUUGACAAUGGUUGCUGUGCAUAACCGGGAAAAAUUGGGAAACAUUGACAGGAAAAAGAUUAGAGGUUAUGCAAUUGCACCUGCUAGGAGUGUUUCAUUAAAUCUUGCCGUGAGAUAUGCGGAUGUCAUCAACUCUGUUGUGCUUCAGGAUGACUUCUUGCCAAGAACAGCAACGCCUCUAGAAGACAUAUUCAAAUCACUUUUCUGUUUACCAUGCUUGCUAUGCCUAAGGUGCAUGAGGGAUACAUGCAUAUCAGAGGAAAAGAAGAUCAGAGAUCCAAGGAGGUUGUAUGCACCUGGUCGUCUGUAUCACAUUGUUGAGAGGAAACUAUUCAGGUGUGGAAGGUUCCCUCCAGUUGUUAGGACAGCAGUACCUGUAGAUGGAAGGUUUGAGCACAUUGUUCUUUCUUGUAAUGCGACUUCUGACCAUGCUAUCGUUUGGAUAGAGCGGGAAGCCAAAAGAGCAUUGGAGUUGAUGCAAGAUAAAGAUGACGCAAUGGAAAUCCCAGUAAAGCAAAAGAUGGAGAGGCAGGAGACGUUAGUCAGAGAACAUAGUCAGGAACACAAAGCAGCACUACAGAGGGCUGUCACAUUAUCCGUACCUCAUGCAUUUGCUCCUUCUGAAUAUGGAACUUUUGAGGAUUUUGAUGACGAAAGUGAACAUUCAGACGGAUCUUUCUUAGGGACAUCUUCUGGGGAAUCUUCUAAAGGAAACAAACAGAAGGAAAGCUGGGAGGACUUAGUAGCACGCCUCUUCGACAAAGAUGAAACUGGUCAUCUCAUCCCAAAGAAAGUCUCUUAGUAGGUAGAACUAUCUUCUUCUUCUUUUGACAUCGGCUAAAACUUACCGAAAAAGGAAAAAAAACAAAAAAAAAAAAAACAAAUCUAAUCUGGCUCCAAAGGAUGUUGCGCCACACGAAUUCCCAGUUGAAUGGCUGCUUUCGUCAAGUUAUGAGCCUGUCGAACUUGAUCUUGAUCAACCUUGUGAAUGACGCAUCUGCUGAAAUUCUCACCUUUAUGGCAAUUGGUGAAUGCUCAAAAGCGUCCAUUCCCGUUGAUAGUCUGGGGUCCCAGAAUUCUGCAGAUUUGUAAAUUGUAUGGUAACUAUCAUGGUGUAAAUUGUAUGGUAUAAGUUAUUCUUUCUAUUUUUUACCAUUUGUUUCUUCAGCCUUCAGGGAUUUUGCUCAAUAAAGUUUUAAACUUUUGUAGAUA